AUGCCUCAAGUCUGCUGCAUUCAAAUUCCUUUUCGGACGGAUCAGCCUUCCUACUCGUCAGCUUCGAGCGCAUACGGUCGUUUCUUGCACAUCACAGACCUACAUCCCGAUCCAUUCUACUUGCCUGGAGGGAGCGUCGAGGGGGGCUGUCAUGAGAAGAAACCAAAGGGCGGAAGGAGAGCAGGGGCAUGGGGUACGCCUAUAAGCGACUGCGACUCGCCUCCACACUUGAUAGAAGCCUCCUUAGAUUGGCUUGCGCACAACUUCAUGCCCACCUCAACCUCAACCUCGCGAGGGGAACGACGAGGAGUGGAUUUCAUCAUUUGGACAGGUGAUUCUGCCAGACACGAUUUAGAUUCUGGCCAUCCUAGAACCAGACCGGAGAUAUACGAACUCAAUAGAUGGGCCGUAGGAGCGCUCGAGAAGCGAUUUCCUGGUGUGCCUCUCGUUCCUACUAUUGGCAACAACGACAUUUUCCCUCAUAACAUUCUCUUUGCUGGUCCUAACGAUGUGACGCGAAGCUACCUGUCCAUCUGGACAGAUCAUAUCCCAGAAGAUCAGUCACACACAUUUUUCGUUGGAGGCUACUACUCCAAAGAGGUUCUUCCAUCCCAGAACCUGUGGGUGCUGAGCCUGAACACGUUGUGGUGGUACGAUUCCAAUAGAGCAGUGGAUGGGUGCAAGAGAUCCAAAAAGGGCAAAAAGGACCAAGAAGAUCCGGGGAGCAGACAUUUGGAUUGGUUAGAGGCUCAGUUGGGAAUGCUCAGGAAGCGAGGAGCCGCUGUGCAUCUCAUCGGCCACGUCCCUCCGACUGCUGGGAACUACUUUCCCAGAUGUUACGAUAGAUAUACAGACAUUGUGCUUCGAUUUCAAGACACGAUAGUUGGGCAACACUACGGCCACAUGAACGUGGACGGCUUGUUCAUUCAGGAAGACUCCUCAGCCAACACCGAUGAGCAUGGCAACACUACGCGCGAUGAAGAGGUGCACGCUCAAAGUCUCAGCGCGGACCUGAGACACGACUUCAAGACUUUGCCUGGUGAAGCUCGGACGGAUUUAGAUCUGUACCACGCAUUCUUUGCGGCGCCCAGCAUCGUUCCUACCUUCUGGCCUGCUGUCAGAGUAUGGACUUACAACGUCACCCGUGCGCGGCAUGGGUCCCUCCAAAAUCUGUCGUCGACCGAACGUAACUUAGAAGACGUUGGCGGGCAGCUUGUCGAGCUACGCUCAGCCCAAACAAUGGGAGCGGAGAGCGAGGCAGACGAAUUGGCCGAGACGGAUAUGUUUGGAGCGCGGCAUGAAGGAGCUUCCCCACACACGGCGAAGCGCAAGCAUCGACGCAAAAAGCAUCGUAAACACAAGAACCUGCCUCGUCAUGUCUCGCCAUCCUCUCCAAGCCGAAGCAAUGGCCGUUUCAGUCUUCUUGGCUACUCUCAGUGGAUCUGCGAUUUGGACGCAGCAAAUGGGCGAGAGGCGGACAUCGAUGCGAUGCACUGGGAACGCGCGUCUCGCAAGAAGUCCGACGGCCUGCAGUUCUACUUGGAGUAUGCUACGUAUCAGCCCGAGACGCUGUGGGCCGAGCUUCUGCAGCAGGGCGACUCUUCGGCGCUCGAAAGGGGUCACAUACCCGUUCCAAAGCAUCUGUUGCAAGCCGAAUUGAAGAGGCUCAAGUCGGAUCCUCCUAGAUGGAUAUAUGGCCGAUAUCGCUCUUCGGAGUCGGACCAGCUCCAUGGCGGUACCGAGAUGAGCAAACGUCGAAAAUUGCACAUGCCCAAGCGUCUAAAGCAUCUGACGGAUUGGGACCUGCCUUCCUUGACCAUACCUGAUCUGCUCCAGUUUGGCAGACGGCUUGCAAGCGACAAGAAACUGUGGAAGAGAUAUAGGAGGAGGAUAUACGCUGAUUCUGGAGCUUUGGAUUGA